AUGGAUAAAACACAAGUUGAAGCCUUUUUUAUUUAUGAUGAAGAUGUAAAGAAAACUGAUAAAACGAUAACUGAUGAACAAUUGCAAGCAGAAAAAGUUAUAUAUUAUUAUCCAAAUGAAACUGAGGAAAAUAUAAAAGUUUCUCAUACUAGUACAAUGGAAGGAAUAUCAACUUUUGUUAAUCAGUUUAGUAAAUCAUACUUAGAUCAUAUUGUAACUAAUAAUAAUUUAAUUGUUAUAAAUAAAUGGUAUAAACAUAUAUUUGUUACUAUUAUUGUAAAAAAUAUUUAUAAAAAUAAUAAAAUGGAAUUAUUAAUGUGUAGAUUAUUACAUUCAAUUUUAAAUAAUUUUAUUUCAAUAUUUACAUUACUACAUGGUCAUAUUCAAAGUAAAAAUAAAAAAAAAGAAGCUUUGCAAACUUUAUUGGAUGAUUAUGUAUUUACUUUUAUAAAUACAAUAAAUAAUGAAAACAUUAGUAUUCAUAAUGAGCUUCAAAGUUUUUAUUUUUUUCCAAUUGAAAAACAUACAUAUGUUUCAGUUCAGAAUUUAAUUUCGUCUUUAAUAUUGGAACAUAAACAUAUUAAACAUGGUGGUAUAUUCUUUGAAGGCUACUUGAUAUAUUCAAGUUUGCCAUUAGAUGAUAUAAAAAUUAUUUAUAAUUAUCUGGUGUCAUAUAAUGGAAUUGUGAAUAAUUUAAAAUUAAAUCAGUAUCCUUUUAAAAAGAUUGCAUCAUCAGCAGCUAUAAAUGCUAAUGGUGGCUUAUCAAGUUUUGGAAGAUGUAAUUCAGUAGAUGAAAAAAAUUCUUUUCUAUUAGGAAUUAAAAAAUCAUCUGUAUUCAUGCCAAUAAUUACACUAAAAGGAGAAAAAAAAUAUAAGCUUGUUGUAUUUAUUUAUAAAGGAAUAUUGUUAAUGUUAUUGAUAAAAGGAAGCACAAUAAAGGAUGAAGACUUUGAUACUUUAAUAGAUGUUCAAAAUAAAUGUACAAAUGAAAGUUCUAAUAAUAUUUAUAAUUUAUUAAAGUUAAAUGAUAAUUUAUCAAAAAGUUUUAAAAAACAUACAAAUGAAGAAGACACUGUUCGAUUUUUUUAUUACAAUAAUUCUAACAAUUCUAUUAAAUAUUCUUCUAAUAACAAAAAAAUAAGUAAUGAAGAACUUUUUAUUGUAGCUGAUUUUCAUUCAUUAUUGAAAGAUUCUGAAUUAAAAUAUAAUAAUAUUAAAUUCAGUAAAAGUGAGUAUAUAAAAGAUAAUAAAAAGUCUAAUUUGUCAAAUGAAUUAUUUAAUUUUGAGUAUAGUAUUCAAAAAACUUUAAAUAACGAAGAAAAAGAUAAAGAAAAUAAUAAUAAGAUAAACGAAAAAAUAGAAAUUCAAGAACAGAAUUCAAAAAUACAAAGCUUAGAAAAAAAAGAAUACUCAAAAUUACAAAAUGAGGAUCUUGUUACGGAAAAUCAAAAGGAGAAAGAUGGAAAUGUAAACACACAUGAAAAUGAAAAAGAAGAAAAGGAUGAAAUCAUAAAAAUACAAAAAGAAAAGAAAACAGAAAUAAAUAAAAUUAUGAACAUAUUAAUAAAAGAAAAAAAUAAAAAAAAUGAAGAUAUAAAUUUAAAACAUGAAGAAAAACUCGAUUCAGAAUAUGCAGAAAAUACCAAUUCAAAGGAAAUUAAUAAAAAAAUAGAACUUGAUACAGAAGGCAUAAAAAAAGUUGAAAAAAAAAAAUUAAAAUUAAUUUGUAAUCAAGAGUUAAAAAAAAAAUUAUUUGAAGAUAUUAGUGAUGAUGUAAAAAUUGAAAAAAUUUUUUAUAAAGAAGCAAGUAGCUCAUGGAUAUAUGGACAAAAAUCAUUUGAAAGGGAACUUUUUAUUUUUCCAGAUGAAACUAAAACAUCACUUUCAAAAGCUCAACAAGAAAUAAAUAAAAUAUUACAUCAAAAUUUUUCCAAUAUAUAUAUCUAA